CUGGGACAUGGAUGUACUCACAGUUGUCAAAGUUCUGUAGUGUUAGUGUUAAGACGUAUGAACAAAAACUUAAACGCUAUUUGCAAAAUGUGGAAUAAUUCUGUGAAAAUACAAUGCCUCGCUAUGGAGAGAGAUAUUCUUGAUGUUACGGUUGAUGAUGUCUAUCAAAAGUAUGACAGUGGACAGUUUAACACCGACGAGUGGGCGUUAAAGACAGCUCGACAAUAGUGAAAAUAGUCGAGCCAAAAGGGUACCAACGUGUUAUUUUUCUUUACAUGUUCACCACAAAUAUAUUGAUAACGAUACCAUUUCACCGUUAAGUCGUCUAGAGGAUUAAACUCGGGCAAACUCUGCACAUAAUCUCGAAGAUAAAUUAAUUUACAUUAAGGAGAAAUCAAAUGUGAAAGAAUGGCGAAACGCUUUCACUUUGUGAUUGCAUUCAAAACGUUAUCGCUUCUUUUGACUUCGCAGAAUGGAUGGAUUCGGAUUUCAACUUUUUACAAAACAUGACAGUGGCCUCGAAAACCGGCCUAGCAGGUUUAUGUUGGAUUACUUUAUAUGGUCUGGUUCGAGGGGACACCCUAGAUGACUGCGAGUACCUGGACCUCUCCAAGUCCCAGCGGACCAGCGUGCUGCAGUGUAGCCGCUACGGCUGCUGCGGAGACUUCAAGGCCAGACACUGCUGCACCGGACCUUUCGCCAUAGUGGGUGGAGUGUUCGGCGGCAUUCUUCUGUUUCUCAUAGUCGCCAUUGUGGUCGGCAUCCUGUGCAACAAGUACAAGUCCCAGAACGCCGUGAGGCAGAUCCCCACCAUAUCAGCAAGGACGUACAACGAGAUACCAGAGCCAACACCCCCACUCCCAACUCCCAGGGUGUACAAUCCGUCCCGUCUCCACCCGCCACCCUUCAGAAAAGUGCCACAAAAGCCGGGAACUAGCAAGUGUGACAAUGACGUCAUGUCUUCUGACAGUUCUAGCAGCCAAUCAAUUACCGAGUUACUGGAUUCUGCUGAACAGUUAACGAAAUCCGAAGAAAUCCGAACUGCGAAAAGAAAUAUCAAACAAAUAGCACCACAUUUACAUAUUCUGCCCAGUGGCACAAACAGCAGUGGGAAUAAUGAAAUUCAUCCGCCACCCUCAAUUCUGCAUUUACCCAGAUUUACACGACCACGAAGAUAGAAAUGUGAAGAUCGCAUUAUUUCCACUUAACUCAUAUAGACGUAAAAUAUAACGGGGCUUUAUGUUUACAUCUUACAGAAUUUCGAACGGCGUUUUUCAUCAACACUGGAAAUGUGUCCAUCGUUCACGGAUGCUAAGCUAUUGGACAAAUACAUGGGUGUAGGCUGGACAGUCAUUAUGUCAAAAUACUAGAACUUUUCUAGUACAAACAUUAACAUAUUACAAUAACUUAAAAAUAGUGGAGCAAGAGUUGUGGUUCUGGCGCAUUGCACAUCCCAUAUAAAUGAUCUACAUGCCUGGGAAGCUUCAUUUUGAUACUUCUUUUAGGUUUCAAGACAUGCUCCGGAAAUAUAUACAACAAAAAAGAAAGAAAAAAAGAAAGAGAGAUGAUUUUAGGAAAAUGGGGGCAAGAGUCGUAAUUUUUAUGCAACGCACAUCCCCAUAACUUGAACAAUACACACCUUUCAAGUUGAGGCCUCUUUAGCUUAUGAUAUGCCACAGAAAAGAUUUUGAAAUAAAAACCCCAAAGGACAUUAACUCUAAAACUAGGUUUGUGUUUUUUUAGGCACUGCGUAUCCACUUAUAGAGAUCUACAUCCCUCUUGAAUUUCAAGUUGACACCUUUUUGAGUGAUUAAGAUAUGAUGAGGGCAAUAUUUAUGUUCACACAUGCACACUAUCAAUUGCUCUGAAAUAUGUCAACACGAGUUGCGGUUCUUGUGCAUCGCACACAAUGUAAAAGGGAUCUGAUUAUCAGCUCUACGAAGUUUCAGGUUGGUAGCUCUUUGAGAUUUUGAGAUAUGCUCUGGACAAAAUUAAGUACCGGUAUGCAGAUUAACAAAUUAACAAAUAUAAAAAAAAUCAUGUG